AUGACCGGCGCAGACGAAGCAACCGACGGAAAGGAAGAAGCGAGGAACGCGAACCCGACGACACAGUGCAGGAUGGCUACGAUAGGGCAAGUAGAACAUUUUGAUGAAGCUACAUCGGAUUGGAUAUCCUACGAAGAACGCUUGCUUUCGUUCCUGAAAGUUAACAAAAUUGAAGAUGGCAGUAAAGUGGAUGCGUUUCUUAGCAUCAUGGGACCCAAAACGUAUUCGCUGCUAAAAACCUUACUGGCUCCGGAUAAACCGUCUAACAAGACUCUUGAAGUUCUGAUGACUACUUUGCGGGACCAUUUGUCGCCGAAACCAUCAGUGAUAGCAGAAAGGGCGAAAUUCCAUAAGUGCGUCCAGGGAGAGUCUCAGACGAUUGUGCAGUUUGUGGCUGAAUUGAAAAGACUAGCCCAGGAUUGCAAGUUUGGGGCAAACUUGGAGGAAGUUUUGAGGGACAGAUUUGUGUGCGGAUUGCGAAGACUUGAUAUUCAAAAAUGUCUGUUCGCCGAAGAUGAGUCUUUAACAUUUAAGAAAGCAGUGGAAAAAGCACUGUCUCUUGAAAUGGCUACACGAAGUGCCUCGGAAUGCCACGAAGCUGAUACGCCCCCGCCCCUACACAAAGUUGAUAAGGUCGACAAAGAAAAGAAGUCUUCCUGUUAUCGAUGCGGUGCGAACAAUCACUCCAGUGAAUCAUGCAACUUCCGGAAUUCUGUCUGCCACAACUGCAAAAAGAGAGGGCAUAUUCGACGAGUGUGCCGAUCGCGAACAAAGUUAAAACCGCUAUCUGGACGACAGAAUCUUCGCAACUUGAGGGAAGAUGACAACUUUGACUUGAAUAAUGCGGUCCUACGGAUGGAAACACGCAGCAACGACCCCAUGUGCGCAACGGUUGUGAUCGAGAAUGUUCCUGUUAAGAUGGAAAUUGACACUGGUGCCGCUGUUUCCGUUAUGUCUUUCCAGCAGUACCAGAAGUGCUUCCCGGACCUUAAGUUGACACCCACUGCACUGAAGUUGCGGACAUACACCGGAGAAGCGAUUACACCUCGUGGGUGCGUCAUGGUUGACGUGAAGUACAACGGAAAUCAACGAAGCCUUCCACUUCACAUCUUGCGUGAGCCUGGUGUACCUCUCCUAGGACGUGACUGGGUGCGAGAACUGUGCCUGGAUUGGACACAACUGAACGCAAUGUCACCCGACAUCAAGUCCACCACGGAGCAAUUGUUCAAAACGUACAGCCGACUCUUCGAAGACGGGUUGGGAAGAAUUAAAGGUGAGCAAGUCUCCCUCAAGCUCAGAGAGGGCAGUAUACCACGGUUUUUAAAGGCCCGAAGUUUGCCUUUUGCACUCAAGUCUGCCGUGGAAAAUGAAUUGAGUAAACUGGAAAGUCUCGGAGUAAUUACGCCAACCAGUAGUAGUUCAUUUGCAACACCAGUUGUACCUGUCGUUAAAAGAGAUGGUUCAAUUCGAUUGUGCGGUGAUUACCGAACAACGGUCAAUCAAGUUUUGGAAGUUGAGAAGUACCCCUUGCCUAGACUGGACGAAAUAUUCGCAGCGCUUGCGGGUGGCAAGCAUUUUUCGAAGAUUGACCUCAAUCGGGCAUAUCUUCAGGUCGAAGUCGAUGAACAGUCACGGGAGUACUUGACGCUGAACACUCAUAAGGGAUUAUACAAAGUAAAUCGCCUUGCGUUCGGAAUCACCUCGGCGCCCGCAAUGUUCCAAAAGAUAAUGGAAAACAUGCUGAAGGACCUUAGCGGUGUCAUUGUUUACUUAGAUGAUAUCCUGAUCAUGGGAAGGUCGCAAGAAGAGCACGUGCGGAAUCUGGAAGCAGUGCUGAAUCGCCUCGCAGAACGAGGAGUAAAGAUAAAGAAGGAUAAAUGCGAAUUUUUCACGAACGAAUUUCAGUACCUCGGACACGUAAUCAAUGCGGAAGGAAUUAAGCCAUCGCUGGAGAAAGUAGAGGCAAUUCUUCACGCACCGCCGCCGGCAGAUAAGCAACAGCUACGUUCGCUACUGGGAGCGAUUAACUUCUAUGGGAAGUUCUUGCCAGAUUUGUCCAGUGUUUUGUAUCCGCUACAUAGACUCUUACGACUUAAGGUGGCAUGGAAUUGGAACCAACAGUGCCAACAGGCGUUCAAAAAGGUGAAGGAACUCCUAUCAUCGCCCCCGCUCCUUGUCCACUAUGACAUGGACAUCCCGUUGCAGUUGGAGUGUGAUGCAUCAGCAUAUGGUGUAGGGGCAGUACUGUCGCACAUACAAGCAGAUGGCAGCGCUAAGCCGAUCGCUUACGCUUCAAAAACAUUAAGUGUCGCAGAAUCCAAUUAUAGUCACUUGGAAAGAGAAGCUCUGGGACUGAUAUUUGGAGUUAAGAAGUUCCACAACUACCUGUAUGGACGGCAUUUCGUUCUUUUUACUGACCAUAAGCCACUCCAAACUAUAUUUGGUGCAAAAACUGGCAUCCCAAGUAUAGCCGCUGCACGGCUACAGAGAUGGGCAUUAACUCUUGCAGCGUACCAGUAUGAACUUCGCUACAGAAGCGGUUCCACUAAUGCUGUCGCGGACUGUUUCUCUCGCUUACCGCUCAAGAAGAAGCAUCCCGAAAGUGCGGACGACGAGGUCUGUGCGUUGUAUACCGUACGACUGCAAAGUUUCCCAGUGAGCAGCACAGAAAUUGCCAAGGAAACUGCUCGUGAUCCUAUUCUGAGUGUUGUGGCCAACUUUAUACGAAACGGAUGGCCUCCUUCAAAUUGCAAUGAAGCUUUAAAGCCCUACUUUCUGCAUAGGACGGCACUUACGGUACACCAAGGGUGCAUCUUGUGGGGCAUGAGAAUCCUGGUUCCAGCGGAGCUGCGUAGUAGAGUGCUUGAAGAGCUACACUCUGGACACCCAGGAAUCGUUCGGAUGAAGGAGAUCGCCAGAGGUUAUACCUGGUGGCCAGGUAUCGACUUCGACUUGGAGCGCAUGGUGAAAGAGUGUGACGACUGCCAGGACCAGCGUCCCUUACCAGCGAAAGCUCCGCUGCAUCCGUGGUCGUGGCCGUCGGAACCUUGGGAACGAGUCCACCUGGACUAUGCCGGACCGUUCCAGAACAAGAAUUUUUUGGUGGCAGUUGACGCCCAUUCUAAAUGGCCGGAGGUGUUUGUACUUGGAUCAACGAGUGCUGAAAUGACAGUUCAGUGUGUGCGUGAACUAUUUGCUCGUUGGGGAAUUGCGAGAACAAUUGUAACGGACAAUGGGCCACAAUUUUGUUCAGAAUCUUUCCAGGUGUUCCUAAAGCACAAUGGUGUCCGGCAUGUGACAUCAGCACCUUACCACCCGUCAACAAAUGGGUUGGCAGAACGGUUUGUGAGGACCUUGAAAGAGUGUCUAAGAAAGGAUCGUAGCCAGUCGCUGGAGGUGAGGCUAGCCAACCUACUUUUAUCUUAUAGGAACACUCCUCAUGCUACAACUUCUCAAUCACCUGUAUCUUUAAUGCUUGGAAGGACGUUAAAAACGAGACUAGAUCUGAUUAGGCCUUCUCUUAAAUCUGUCGUAACUCAGAAGCAACAAACGCAAAUUUUACAGCGAAACCAUCAAGAACGGAUGUUUCAGGUUGGUGAUUCGGUACGAGUAAGGAAUUACCGGAGUGGGAAGAAAUGGGUUCAUGGCUUUAUUAUCAGUAGAACUGGGCCUGUGUCAUACAAAGUGAAAGUGAUCACACAGCAUGGGUCUUUGGUGUGGAGAAGACACGUUGACCAGAUUGUCGCGGCUCAAGCUCGAACAGAAUCUUCGACAGAUCUACAUGAACAAGAAUCGUCGGAUCUCAUGCCUGCAAUCUCCACUGGCCCAUGUUCCGAGACACCGGUGACCGAGAAGCCGCCAACUCCAGUACAAGCAAGAAGAUAUCCACUUCGUGAGCGUCGACCCCCUCAACGUUAUGAAUCCACAUGA